AGAUGGGAGGCAGGUUGACGAAUCCUAAAGAAAACAGAUGAUGAAAAUGUAUUAGAUUCACUCAGAUAAAAGCCUGAGUGACAGUUGAGAAAGGAGAAGGCAAAGCAGAAUGGGAGAUGUUUAUGCUGAGAGUGUGCUGUGAUGUCUGUUGGAAACAGAGCUGAGCAAAUCAGUGUUAUUUAUAGGGACGAUAAGCCUGCUCUCAAUCACUGACUGAGCGCUCAGCUGAAGAUGGCUUGUGAUGAUAUCAGAUAAUAGAGGAUCCAAAACACUUUAUGAAUCUGUACAUUCUGUUCCUGUUUGCAUGGUUGCUUUUUGUACUCUUUGUUGUAGCAGACUUGUGGCUGUGUGAGUGCAUUUCAGUGGCUGUCCUCACAUUUCAAUCACUGUCUACUUUAGAGAGACACAGCUGAAGGGAGAAGGGAGGCGUUCCCCAAGCUGAAGAUGAGGUGAUGAAUGAAUGUAAAAGGUUUGGAGAGAUACAAAGCAAAGUUACAAGAACGUUAGAGCAGCGUCUGCAGCCUUUUACAUGAUCAGUCAUGGGGCCAGGAGACCUGACACCUCAUCCUCCUGUCUGUCCAGCAUGCCUGUUUGUUUACAGUGUUGCCCUAGAACUAGUGUCUCCCUUCCAACUGACUGACAGGCCUCCUGAGCCUGUCAGAGCAGGUGAGCCCCCACCCACCCGUCCACCCACCCUAAAGCAGACAUGGCCUCCCCAGCUCCUGUUCGGUCUCCUCCCCUCGGUCCUCUGCCCACUUCUGUUCCCGUCCUGUGUCCACCCUUCGUCCUCUCCUCCCACUCAACGUGCAAUGCAAAAAAUAGCAACAGAGAGGCCGGGGCUCCUCAGAGGAGAGGACAGAAACAAACACUGGCCUUGAGUCCGGCAGUAAACACAUUGGAGGUGUUUGUCAAAAGCUUGAAGCAGACACUGUGUGUGGAGCAGUCUCUUGUUUGCAGUGUGUCUUUCAGCCAGCUGAUGUGAGGGGGGGGUGCCCGUUGGUUUGGGCAGUUGUGGCCCUGCAGCUGGCUGAGCCAUGGGGAACGAGAGCAGCACAACUGAGGCGUUGCCAGAAGAGGGCGCUCCAGAGAAUGUUGUUCUAUUUCCACCACAGGAAAAUCAAAAUGAUUCCUCACAGGCUGAAGCUCAGUCUGAGGGUUUGACCCAGACGGAUGACAGAACGCUGCUAACCGAAGCCUCCACCAGCCAGCAGAACCUGCUGUCCCAACCAGUGCUCCCAGACGUCCCAGUCAUCACCGGAGUGGAGGAGAGCAGAGGUGCAGCUGAAGACCAGAGGGACAAGGAGGAGCUUGAGUUUCCCCAUGACCUGCUGCCCAGUCUAGACUUCAGCAGUGAGCUCAAUAUCUGGGAGUCCUCCCUAGGAACUAGCUCAGGUGAAAGGAAAUGUGAGCAGGUGAACCCUCUGCUGGCGGGCCUGCAGCAUCACAUGGAAGUCAGUCGACCACUGGUGAUUCUAGAUACAAGGCUUCAUGACAUCGACCCAGUUCUCACAGAUGCCCAGGCUUCACCUCGGCCCACUGCCACACCUUACCCGGGUGUCCCCCUCCCGACCCCUUCCCCAUCUGUGCUCCUAGACUUGGAGCUCCAAGAGGCCUUCCAGGAAUGUGAAGAGCAAAUGGCCUCACUGGGCAUACUUACUCCCACAGAGAAUCUCAGCACCACAGAUGAAAUGGUUCAUGAUGUAGGGAAGAAAACUGGAAACGUGAUGGUUAAUAAGUCCAGUGAGUCAUCAUCACUACCUCCAAUCGCAGUCCAGCCAGGACAUAGCAACGGGGGCCAUGGAAACAAGAGUACACACGGAAACAGUGAGGCAGCAAACAGUCAGAAGGAGACACUUGUGUUUAGUUUCAGGAAUUACAUACUGGGUACAGAGAACAGUGCAGGAGCAGCAGAGACAGAGAGUGAAAUGAAAACAACGCAGAGCCCAGAGAAAUGUCCCGAGAUUAAGCCGGGAAAAGAAACAGAGAUAGAUGAGCAGAAGGAAACACCGCCACAUACACAAUUACAAACGGCAGCGAAAACAGAUUCAUUUAAAGAAACCCCAAAAGAUGUUGUGUUUAUGGAGCAGAAAGACAAUCAAAGAGACAACCAUGUUGAUUCUAAUGCAGCCAGUGAGGAAAAUGGCAGUCGAGAUUGUAAUACAGUGAUUAGGGAUGAAAACACAGAGGCAAUAACAGAGACUGCAGACAUAAAGAAAGAAAAUUAUUGUGAUGGGUGCAGUAUUAAUGUUUGUACAGCUGAAACAGAAAAGAAAGAUGAUUCAGUUAAUGAAAUAUCGGGGUGCAGUAACCUUCAUUUAAAGGAUAAAGCUGCAUUAUCAGAGCCGCAGUCAGAAGCACAGACAGGAACUGGCAAGCACAGCGAGGAGUCAAAAACAGACAAACAGACCAAUUCAGCUAGUGACAGACAGACUGAGCAGGACAAAGAGACAAAGAAGAAAGAAAAAAAGAAACAAAGGAAAAAGAAAAAGGCAGAGAAGACUGAACAGAAAGCGAGAACAGUAGUACAAUCUGAAAAUGAUUUACAGGCUGAGUCACUCGUAGAUGCAGGCAUUCACGCAGAUUCAGAGGCAAAUGUGCAAUCAGUGUCACAGGCAGACACUCAGACUGUGAUUUGUGGGGAACAGCCUGAUAAUGGGUUUGAUUACAAACAACAGCUGUGUCCCGCGGGAAAGGCCAGCUCCAGCCCCCCACUAUCAUCCUCUCAUGGCAGACAGGAUCAUCUUACUGACUCUGCCUGUUCACCUGCAACCAACCAGGGUCCCACACAGAGGCCUCAUCAGUCAGAUAACCACAACCAUAUGGAUGCCCCAUGUGGCAUGAAUCAGAGCUCAGACAAGAGCCCGCAGCAGAAGCAACAUGCAACCGGAGGCGUCAUGGACGACCAGAAUACACCCUUGACAUGUGUCCAAACUGCAGUUAUCAAUCCAUUUGCUUCUGCUGAUAAGAGAUCAGAUGCACAAACACAGGAGGCUAUAGUUACCACAGCAGCAGCGAUACUCACACAGGAGAAUCGGAGCCCACUCACCAACAGCCAAACUUGUGUGGGAGAGAGUUGCGUGGAGAGUGCCCUUGAAGAGGCUUUAGUGGUAGUUGCUGCGUUGCCACUGACAACACCCACGAUGCCAGAAGUGAUAGAAAGCAACGGAGAGGGAGAAAGCGUGAGGCGUGAUUCACUGGAGAGAGUAGCUACUGUAGCAAUUGCAGAGAGUGAGGAAGCAGUGGGAGAAAAGGAUUUGGGAGGGAUAGAAAAGUGCCUCAGCUCUGCAGACGGAGAGAGAGAGGGACUCCUGGACAGCCUUCCUCAGCUCUCAUUAAUCUGUUCACAGGAAAAAUGCUCACUUGCAUUCUCAGCCAAAGAGGGACAGGCUGCAUCUGAGAAAAGCUGCAGCAGCAAAAUGCCACACAACUCGGCUGAGGCUGAAAUGAAGGGACCGAGAGAGACAACCGUUCACAGUGCAGACGCAGAGAUCUCACCAGCUGAGGAGGGAGACAGAGAAAAGGAGCCACUCCGGUUAGAAGCUUAUAUCAAUACUUCUCCCCUUGGGCUACUCUCUGGUCCUGAUUGUCAGGCUCACAGUGCUGUGGGAUUGGAGGGAGCAGGAGAAGGAGGAGGAGGAGGAGGAGGAGGAGGAGAGGAGGUGGGAGAGAAAGGCAGGCUGGCUAGAGAGCACAGUUCAUUCAGCCAGCCAGAAGGCACUGCUAGUGGGGUGUCAUCAGCUGAGACCGAGACGUGUCCGCCCACCGAUGUUGCCGAGUCACAGCUGAAGUCACAGAGCCGGAGUGAAGCGAUUGCUACCACCACUGAGAGCAUCUGCACUGAACGGGACCGUCUCUCUCACCCCUGCCAGGAGCAGCAUGGCGCAGCAAUUUCUACUCUCCCCACUCACCCUGAGCAGAGCUCAAGCAAUACAGAUGGAGGGGUAAGGGCUGAUCUCAAACAGAAUUUGAUUUCAGAGGAAGCCCUGUCUCUGGGACACACUUGUGAGGAGCCAUCCGUCACAGAGUCAGAGAGAAACUACAGCCAAGUCUUGCUGCCGUUAAUCAAACCUCAGCCUGUGGCUACUUCACAACAAAUCCCAGUCGAGCGACAAGAGAGCAACAAUCAACAGGUCCAACCUGAAAGUAGCACAACAGAAGCCAAGACAACCGAAAGUGCAGCUGAGUCCCAAGUCCAAACCCAGGUCCAGAGCAAUAGUGGUAGCCCUGCUAUGGCUGGAGUGGGUGUGUAUGUAUGUGGCAGCAGUGGAGGCAACAAUAGAGUUCACUUUGCAGACACUGUGAAACAAGAGGACGGUUCCUCAGUGGAUCUCAGGAACAUGUCGGUGCCGGCGUUGGACUGCGCCUCUUUGCCUCCGCUGACCAUACAUGAGAGUUUGCAUCAUCCUGUUGUUGAGGCCAGCUACAUCUUCCCAGACUUCCUCAGCUUGAAGAAGCCAGAAAUCUUCACAAAUGCAGCUCCUACCAAGGAUGAACCAGCAAGACAGAGCUCAGCUGACUUUCCAAAGCCACAGGAGGAUGUCCAGUUGGAUAAAGGAGAUUUGGAGACUAAAGAUACCAAGAACAUUGUCAUAGAUCAGUCAGGUAACAACAACUUGGUUCCAAAAACUGCAGAUUUACAAUCGGUGACUGAGGCCUCCACAAAACAGCUUCCAUGUCCUACAGAGAAGAAUCAGACUGGUAAUGAGGAAUGUUUUGACCUUUUACAAAUAUCCAGAAGUGCCACCUCUAAGGCUGAUCAUGUGACAGUUGAACAGACGUCAGCAAAGGUGAUAAAGCAAGAAGAGGAAGAAACAAUGAAGGCUCCUGUAAAUCUGUGUUUGUCAGAGAAGAAAGAGGUAAAUAAGUUGCAUGCUGAGUCUACAGGCUCAGUCAAGACUGACCAACCACAGGAGUCACCUUUAAUAAGUGAUGUUACUGUCAUUCUUGAAGAUAAAGAAGAGAAACAAGAUCCUCCCUCUUCACCUUCUGUGCUUCCGACUGAUGACAUUACCUGCAAGCCUUCAAGUGAUGUCUCUUCUGAGUUUCCUGUUGGGCAGCUCUCUACUGACCUUGACCCCAGUCCAAAACCUGAAGCUGUUACCUUGACAACCUCUCUUCAGACAAAGCCUAUUGAGCCCAGUGAUCAGCUUUCCACCCAAUUAGAUCAAACACCUCCUUGUGGAUCAGUUAUCAUGGAUUCCAUGAAAACUGGUGAAGGGCCCGAGUCCACAAUUCACUCUGCUGAUCUGACAAAGGAUGAAUCAGUGACAGCCUCUGACCAGUCAAUUCCUGUUAUCGAGCAACAUGCCAGUAAUCCUACUUUUGUACUACGGCCUCCUGGCCCAAUGUUGAGUCAUCUGGAGUUCAUUACUGACUGUGAUAUUUCUCUUCCUGAGCAUACAGAUAAGCGCAGUGCUGAUGGUGACAGUACCAAUGUCUCCGGAGAGGUGGAAGGCAACAAGAGCAGGGAAAUGACACAAAAGUCCUUAGCACAUGAUCUAGAGCACGUUGCCGACGCUGUCAAAGCAAAUGAGAUUCAUCCAGAACUGGAGGAUAGAAAUUAUGCUACGGAGUCUGACGUUGAGCUUGAGGAUUCUGCGAUUAAUAAUAUAAUGUUUUCACAAGAGGAAAAUCUGUCUCCUCCAGUUCAGCCUCCUGGUGCAGUCGGUGCACUGGCAAAGGAUGAAUCUGAUAAUGUAAUUUCUCUGUCUCAAAUUGAGCCAGACUCUAUUGCCGUUAAACCUGUUAUUUGUGAAGCAUCCAUUAGGGAUGGCCUCGUAAAUGUUAGCUGCCCACUCAGCUCUGACCUGCCUACCAACGAGGCUCAUGAUGAAAUUAAAGAAGACAAUAUGAAAGAGAAAAACAAAAUGGGAGCCCAGACCUCCAUGAUGUUUGAAGAGGACAAGAAACAAGUUGAAGAAGCAAUAGUGGAUAAUCAAAAGGAAACAGCAAUCAGCAGCGAGCUGCAGACAGGAAAGAUAAGCCCAAUACCACAACAGAGUAAUGAGCCAGAUAAAGAGGCUGUAGGGGAAAUUGGAGACAUGCAGCCACAACAUAAAUGUGAAGUACAAAAGAGUGAAUCACCAAUAAGGGAUAUAAAGGAGGAAGGAGAAAGGAAGAGUGGGACUGCAUCUAAAAGUGAGACGGAGACUUCUCCCUUUUCCCCUGACAGAGCUGCAGGGUCUUCUGAGGACAUGCUGAGCACUGAGGUAGAGUCUGGUAGUGAACCUCAGACUGUUUAUGAUCAGAGUUUGCGCCAAACUCCGACAGCAACACUGGAACGCAGCUCUGACAGGGACGCGGCACCAGAUUCUAGUGCAGCUCUUGGCCCAUCACUGUCCGCAUCAGAUCCAAACUGUUUUGCUCAGCAACAGCAGCACGGUCUGGGAUCCAGACGUCCCACAGAGGAAUUGUCAGGUGGCUGUCUAGAGGGGGUAGAAAAGACUAACAGUCAAGUCACGCAGGCCCAAGCACCGGGUCCAGGGGUAAAAGGGGUAGAAGAAGAAGGAGACGGCUCUGUUGGGGGUUUGUGUCAGUCAGGAAGCAGGGAUGAGUUGACACGCGAUGACAGCAGUGGCAAUGAACGAGUGAUAGAUCUAGAGAAAGGAGAAGGAGAGGGAGCACAGGCUGUAAAAGGGGUUGACAGGGUUUGUGUGUCAUCUCACUUUGGCAGUGAUUUAAAUGAGAGUGGAAAGGCUGCUGAGCGAAAUGCCUCAGCUGACACAGUGGUAGUUACAACUUGCUCACAUGUAGGUGAGACAAGACAGGCGAUGGAUGAGAAUAAAAGCCCUGGGUUAGGGGUAGAUGCAGAUUUAAUGCCAGGCUCUGGCCGUGUGAGUGAUACGGGGGGUAAAGGUCAACAAAAAGUAAAUCUAUCGGCUGCAUGCCAAGACCAACCUGUAAAACCUGAGACCUCAACAAACACUGCGAUCUCUGUUGAGUCUCCAUCACAGGAACAUGAGACUUCACCUUUCCAAAUUUCUAAAUCAAAGGUCAGCACAGAUAGCCAAGACAUUCAUACAGAAGUUAUUCCAAGCGCAAACCAGGCUGAAGAAAUUCAUACAAAAAUAUCCAGUGCCCUGCCAGAUCCUGUUGGGCAACCAGAAACUGUGGAAAAGGAUUUUAGUGCUGCCAUGGCUGCGAAAAGCAACAGCAGCGAGACUGAGGAGUGUGAAAUUCAGGAUACAGUGUGCAAGCCUCUUCAGCUACAGAGCUCCAAUAAAACCUCAGCCACACAAAGCAGCCCAGUAGUACAAACGCCCAUAAAAGGCCCUGAUGUAGAAGCGAUCACAAGGGAAGCAAAAGCAGCUUUGGACGAAGAGAAGGCAAGCAGCCAGGGGAAGGGACAAAGUGAGAUAAAGGUGACACACAGUGAGGCAACUGAAAGACAGGGGGUCGUAAAUCAAACUCUGAGUUAUAAAGACAACGGCUCAGGGUCAGUUAAUGCUUCAGACCUCUGUGAAAGUUGGGCGUCACACAGCAGCACCGAGACUACUGUUUGUCAAUCUGAGGAAAGCAUUGUUCUCUUUAAGGCAACAGAAAAUGACAGUGAUACACCAGAUAAAACAGCUCCUGAUGUUAUCACAGUCCCAUCAGCGGUUUUGUCAAAGUGCCCGGAAGAUUUUGCAUCGCUCUAUCUCACAACCCCUACCCAGCUAGAACAGCCACAUGAUGAGGUGUUGUUGUCAAAGCCCCUAGAUGUUAUUGCGGUAAACCCCAUUGUUGCUGCUUCUCAGUGUGAAGGGAAACCACUUGAUGAAGCUCCUGCCGGCGUCUCUCGUGCUGAACAACUCUCUGUGAACAUAGAGACUGCUGAUGUGUCAGAGAACAAGAACCAGACAGAACAAGAACCAGACACAAACUGGAUAAAAGCUCUAAAAGAAGCUGCGUCCCUUUCUCAGAGCGAACAAGUGAACACAGUGGAGACCUCAAGAGUCCUCCCAUCUCUGGAGUCUCCUCAGCUAGAGUUUCUUACUCCGACUGAGGAGUUAGCUGCUUCUCUGAGACAGGAGGAGAUCCCACCACCGCAGCAGGCAGCAGAGAAGACAGCAGAGAAGACAACAGAGACCCCACCUCCAAAUCUUGGCACAAGGCCAGUGGAUCUUCCUGAACCUUUAAAGAAGUCAGAAGAGCUCUCAGAACCAACACAGCAGACAAUAGAGCUUUCUGAUCCAACACAGAGCACAAAAACAGAGCUGUCAGAACCAACCAAGAAAGAAGAGGAGCCUCCAGAAGAACUUCCAGAACCCAAAGGGGAGCCAGUAACUUCUCCAGAAACCGUACAGGAGCCAGCUGAGUUCCUAGAACCAGAAAAAAGCACAGAAGAGCUCCCAGAGCCAACGAAAAAUGAAGAACCUACAAAGGUGACAACAGAGCCCCCAGAGCCAGAGAAGAAGCUGAUCAGUGAGGUGCCAGAGGACCUGGUGGAAAAACCUGUAGAGAUCCCACCUGAGGAGCCAUUUAAAGAGCCAGCUGAAGAAACUGCAGUGACUGAAACAGUUCAGGAUUCUGCUGAGGACCUACAGGACAGCAGGCCCUCCCUUGCUGAGCAAGCAGAGAGAGGUGACCGUCCCCCUGCCUCUCCCUUGCCUCCUGCUACCGUACAUCACUUCCUGCCUGGCCCCCCUCCUGACCUCCACGACAGUACAGAGUUCCCCACUCCUCCUCCCACACCCCCAGAGAGGCACACACCUGAAGUUCUACCAACCCCACCUCCAUCCCCCCACCUUCCUCCUCCUCCAGCCCCUGCCUCCCCUCCUGCACCUUCUGCUUACCAGUGUGAGGACCCCUGCCUGACUUCUGCUCCCUGCCACCCCCUCUUAAGGAGCUCAGACUCUGAUGGAGCCUUUGAGACCCCUGAAUCCACAACUCCAGUGAAGGCUGUUUCUCCUGCAGAUCCCCAGGCCAAGCAACUGACGUCUGAUGACAAAGGUACAGUAAGAAUAGCAGACAUCUCAGUCAGUGGUCCUGCCUCUGACUUCUCUUCAACUGAUCCAGCCUGCAGUUCUCCGUUCAUUGCUUUUGAUGAAAACAAGCCCAUUGCAGCCAGCGGCACAUAUAACAUUGACAUUUUUGCUGCAGAUUCAACCAGUCACACACUGACUCGUUCCCUCAGUCUCCAGGGAGGAGAACUAGACAAUUCUGGUCUGUUGGAUGGAUCCACAACAGGAGGUUUCCGAUCACAUUCUGAAUCCUUCAGUGUAGGCACUGAGAGUGCCCCAGGCACACUCCACAGACCCAGAAAGGUUCGUUCUGGGUCUGUGAAGAAGAAGCCUCUUCUCAGACAGAACUCCAAUCCAGAGAGUCCAAGGCCAGCCUCAUCCAGCAGCACCCCAGAGACCAAGAAGCGGGCAAAGCCUCGAACUGCCAGCCCUCUCCAGGCUCAGGAGGAAGCAGGAGGAUCUGCAACCCCGAGCCCUGGAGGAACCCUCCGAAAGACCAGGAAGAACCGUGUCGAAACUCCACCUCCCCUCCCGGAGGAGACCAGUCAUACCAGCCAAGAGGAGAGCCUUGUCAUCCCUGCCUUACCCUUGUGCCACGAGGAGACACCUCUCCCUGGCAGUCCACAGGGCAAAGACGAAUCCCCCAUUCCCCAGAGUGCCUCCUACAAAUGGGAUCCAGAUAAUUUUGAGAAUAUCGACCCUUUCAAGACUGGAGGUAGUAAAAUUGCCAACUCCCCUGUUCUGAAUCGUAAAGGUCCUGUGUGCGCCUCUGUUGUCACCCCCACAGAGAGUCCUCCUGUCCCUGCUGUGGAACCACGUCAACCCAGUCCCCCAGCUCCUCUUGAUGAGCCAGUCACCAACCCUGAGGAGCAACCCAUCAUCCCCAAGCGUCAGUCAGUAAGGCUGGAGUUUGACUAUUCUGAGGAGAGCAGUGAGGCAUCACACCAGGCCUCUACCCCACCCAAGAAAGUGGGCAAGAAACCCGGUGCCAAGAUGCCUCUGAGGAAACCAAAGCUGGGGCUGAAGAAGGCCCCCCCACCGCAGACAGAGCAGCUGGACAACGAACCUCCAGCAACACACAAUGGCAACGAAAAUGAAAUCCCUGUUCCUCAAGUAUCCUACAACUUUGAAGCUGACAAGUGGGAUGAUCCAAAUUUCAAUCCAUUUAAAUCUAAGAAAUCAGUUGCCAACUCCCCUAAACUGUCCAGGCCAUCUUAUAGCUUUGAUCCCAAUAACUUUGAUGACUCCAUAGACCCUUUCAAAUCCUCCAAUAAGAUGGCCAACUCACCUCCAAAGGCCUCUGCCUCCUUUGAACUGUCAUCCAAUGACUAUGACAAUGAAAAUGACAACGACAACAUCGGGGAACUGGAGGACCAGAAUCAGAACAAACCUGCCAAGAAGAAGAAAACUCCUAUCAAAUCUAAUACUUUCAGAGUGAAGAGGUCGCCAAAGAAAUCACCGUUGUCUGACCCAUCCCAGGAUCUUACGCCUGCAGAUGAACCUGCUUCUCUCCACUCGCAAGACGAUCAUGCCACAGACGAGGAGAAGCUGGCCUCCUCCACCAGUCAUAAGUGGGCAGCCCUGCAUGACGUGGACGCAGAUUUGAACUCUGACCAACAAGACUUCCCUCAGCCAUGUGAUCUCACGUCCUUUGUCAACGAGAACAAUCUUCCUCCUGAGACUCUAGUACAAGACUAUGAAAUUGAGUACAUGGAGAAGAUUGGCUCCUCUUCACCACCACCGUCAGUGAAGAAGCCAUCUUUGUACCUGAAGCUGGAUUCAGUAUCUGACAACUUAACCAAUAAUACGUGUGCACAUGGAUCUGAGCCCAGCUCCCCCUGCACAGGGAGUUUUGAGGAGAUGGAGGCCCAGAUAACAGCAGGGAUGAAGACGCCAGUGCUGAGCUCUCGGCCUGGUCCUGAAGGCUCUGCUGGGGACAAGGGCAGAAAGAGAGAAAGCGAGUCACUCAGCCGAACACAGAGCAUGGAGAGGGACGAGCAGUCCCCUAGCCAGGGCCCCAUGGAGGCCCCCGCUCCUGCCCUGGCCAUGCCCAUGUUAGACAGGCUGUCUGAGUGUGACGAUCCCCUGCAGUACCUGGAGCCUGACCUGGCUGAGACCAACCCCACCGCAUUCGCCCAAAAACUACAGGAGGAGCUGGUACUUGCUGCCCUGAGGAUAGAGGCUCUGCAGGUAGCCAAAAACAUCUCUCAGUGCCCCUCCCUCUCUACUGUAACCCCCCAGUCUCGACUCAAGAAACCCAGUACUCGGCGGUGGAAUAUCAACGGUUCACCCUUAUUCAAACACAGAGACGUGUCAUCUCCAGUAGAGAGUGCUGUGUCCAAGAACUCCCUGUACUCGAGGACCACCACCAGCUACAUCGAAGGGGAGAGUCCCCACCUGCCCAGGGAUCUUGACCAUUCUCUAGGAAUUGCACGAGAAGAGAUUGUGUCGAAGGAGAAAGAAGUGCUGGAGUGGCAGAGGAAGUAUGAAGACAGCCGACAGGAAGUGGUGGAGAUGAGGAGAAUUGUUGCUGAGUAUGAGAAGACAAUUGCACAGAUGAUAGAGGAUGACCAAAAAGAGAAGUCUCUCUCCCACCACACCAUCCAGCAGCUGAUAAUGGAGAAGGACCAGGCCUUGGCCGACCUCAACUCCGUGGAAAAAUCUCUAGCCGAUCUCUUCCGACGCUAUGAGAAGAUGAAAGAUGUGCUGGAGGGCUUCCGCAAGAAUGAAGAGGUUCUGAAGAAGUGCGCUCAGGAGUAUCUGUCUAGAGUCCGUAAGGAGGAACAACGCUAUCAAGCCCUGAAAAUUCAUGCAGAGGAGAAACUAGACAAAGCCAAUGCGGAGAUAGCUCAGGUGAGAACCAAGGCCAAGCAGGAGCAGGCUGCCUACCAGGCCAGUCUGAGGAAGGAGCAGAUGAAAGUGGACUCUUUGGAGCGUACCUUGGAACAAAAAGUCAGUGAACAAGGAGAUCGAAGAGCUGACAAAGAUCUGUGAUGAGCUGAUUGCCAAGAUGGGGAAGAGUUAGCGGCCACGCCACACCCAGGCCAAAUCACAAAGUACCUACUUGGAAAAUGAGGCAGAUCAGUCAUAUUUAUCACUCUUCCAAGGACUGAUGGACAUCUAAGGCCAAAAUGGUCUCUGGAUUUUAUUUCCUACUGACUUUGUGUAUACAGGAUCCACAGGAAUGGUUUCCUCUUAGUCACUCUGUACAUUUUUGAUGUGUCAGUGUAUCGUACUGUAUCAGGGGUCUGGUUUAAAGUUUUAGAAAAUUUACCAUAUCACUAAUGAGUGUGUCUGUGUGUGUGGGCGUGCGUAUGAUAAUGAGAAAGUGAGAGUAUUGUUUGUGGGUUAAAUUAUCUAUUAAGAUGUUGCCAUGACAGCCAUUGAGGGAGAAGACUGUUUACCCACUCCUGUUGUUGUCUCCUCUUUGUAUAAGAGAAAGGUAGAAAAGAGUACCAGAGAGUUAGAUUCAUUCACAAAAUGUUAAUACACCACUAAGAGAACACAAACUAUCACAAUGGCUUACUGCAUGUGAGACAGAAAGAAAAACUUGUAAUGUUAAAGUUUGUAUAUACUGUAGGAAGUUCUAAGUAUCUGCAUUUUUGAUUUUUUUUUUCCUGUCAUCCUCUUGUCCGCUUCCCUCAUGUAACCUUGUAGAUAUUUGUCAUACUUGUCAUAGCUUUCUCGAUGAAAUCGUGGGACUUUAUUUUUUGGAUUUUAUUUUGAUAUAAAGCAAACUAAUCGUGACUGUAUUCAGUGGUGACCAGGAGUAAUUUAAUUUUGGAUGGAUAUGUCCUAGUCCUGCUAUGGUCGUUGUGUCACACUGAGGAAUAACUUCUCUGCACAGCUACUGUACAGCAUCUGCUUACAAAGUGCAAUAAAAGAUGGCAAUACAGCA